AUGGACCUGCACCCUGUGUCUCGUACCACUGAAUCAGAUAAGGCUCAUCCCAUCUUUCUCGAGCACCCCUUCGAAAGACUGUCUCCUACCUUGGCAGCAUAUCCACGCGUUGUCGAAGCUUUACAGAGGAGACGAAUAUCAGUUUAUCCCGACGUCAGCGAAACGAUGCAGAAAGCGCUAGGUCACCGUGCCGACUUCUUCGACGAUUUCUCUUCGGAAUCAGAAUGGGAGGAUAGGAUGAGCAAAACGAUACAGAGUCCGAUUACAAGCCAAGGGCCGGGUCUGAGAGACAUUCCGUACGACAUCCACGCCGACACUGAGAACGCGCAGCGCGGAAGGAACAGGCAACGCAGUACCAUCACCUCGCUGCCCAGACUGGCAGAUCUUGCAGAUGUCUCUGGUUCUGGAACUGAUGAUAGCGGAACCGGCGAUGAGCGAGCUUCUGGUCGAGGAACCAAUCACGCACGAAAGAUGUCGCUGACACGUCUGAACAAGGACAAUGUGCGCCUGGUGGAUAACAGGUCUAUCAGAUCGAGUAUCGACUCGCCUAGACACUCGUUACGCAGUAACAUGUCUUUGCCGAACUCUCCGCUCAUGGCAUCGGCCAAUUCAGCACCAUUCUCUACAUCAGGACCUCUAGAGGACACACUUACCGCUCUACCGCAAAGUCCGACGUUCCGCAGAGAGCACAGAAGGACCGCGUCGUCGAACAGCACAUCCGACAGCGUCCUCGCAGACUCCAUCAUCAACGCCCACGUCAUGACCAUGCGCGCCCUCGAAGCCUUGAGUUCCGACCCGCAGAGUAUAGACCCUCGAGUCAGUAGCGACAUGGCAAACGCAGCAGGUCGCUCAUACCUGCACUCCGCCUCCUCAACCUCCUGGCCCAAAUCCACCUCUUUCUCCGCAAACCGACACGUCACCCUAUCCCCCUUAUCAACCAGCGGUGAAGACCAAGACGACAGAGCCAGCCGCCACCGCACCGCACAAAUCUACUCCCCAGCCCUCAAAUCACCCAACCCCUUCUCCCCCGUCCCCAACACCGCAGCCACCAACACAGGUCAUGACCUCCUCAUCCCGAAGCCUAGCUACAUCCCGCAAAAACACGCCAGUAUCCUAGACUCCCAUCUCUCGGCCCUCAACUUCUCGCUUUCGAACCGCACGACGGAGGAUUACACGAGGUUGAACUCGUGCUGUACGAGUGCGUUUCCGUUUGCAGAUGAGCCGAAGAGCCCGUAUGAUGAUCGCAAGGGAAAGGAGGUUCUGGGGCUUAUGACGGGGAAUGGGAAUGGGGAUGAAGUUGAUAUGAGGAGUCGGAGGGAGAGGAAUGAGAGUGCGCAGGGGGUUGUGAGGGGUAGUGCUGAGGAGAGGGGACGUGGAGGUGGAGGUGAGAGGGGAGGGGUGAGUAUGGAGGAGGGUGGUGUUGUUGUGAUGGUUGGGUUGAGGAGGUGGACGUGGGGUAUGGGGAGGGGGAGAUGUGCAUGCGCGUGUGGUAACGCGGAUGAAGAGCAGGCUGGCCUAUCACCAGGAAGAGAAGAGAAGUUGGCCAAAAUCGUCAUUCCAACGUACGCCUCGUCUUGGACGCCGAAACACAGCUAUACCAAGAGCAGUAUCAGCAACUGCAACAGCAGCGAAAAGAGGAUGGAUCACAGCCCUAAGAUGAAAAGGAAAGAGCGCUCCGCCGAUUUCGACGACGAAGCGUUCGCUUUGGCGCUCAGAGCUGCGAAUCGCGAGUUGGCGGGUAACUGGUUCCGGAGGACGUUUAGCGCGAGGACCCUGAGUGGGAUACAUGUUGAAAGAGGGAGUACAGGGGAUCAUGGCAACGGCAACGGCGACACUAAGGACGACCGCGAUGUUCAUCCUGCGCUGAGAUCUCCGCAGAACAGACACCCUGCAACGCCCUCUUCAGACGACCUACUGGCUUUGUACAAAAACCCCCAAAUUGGACGUAAGGGGUACACGUGGAUAUCUUGGGCCCGACGUAACACCCCCCAUCCUUCCCCUUCUCCCUCUCCCUCUCCACCAACCAUCCACCUCACCUUCUCACUAUCCCGCCCCCGCAUCCUCGUCGUCAUGGGCAUCCUCCUGCUCAUCAGCCUUCUCGCAGCCGCAGCAUGGAUUCUAGUCGGUGCCGGCGAGGGGAAAUUGACACGGAAGGAGUUUAGCCAAAGGGUGGGGAGUGGGAUGGCGAUUGCGGGGUUUGUGCUUGCGGUGGAGGCGUGGGUGUGCGGGGCGUGGGUUGCUUUUUCUUGA